AUGAUGAUCCCAAGCCUCAUUGCGCCUCCAGCCCUGUACCCGGGGCUGUACCGGCCCGCCACGCCUCUGCAGCUCCACCAGUCCCUGCCACCCACCUUCCCGGCCCACUCCAGCUUCCUGGUGGAGGACCUGCUGCGGAUAAGCAGGCCGGCGCCCUACGUCAGCAGGACGGUCCCGCCGGCCAGCGUCUCCCUCGCGACCACAGCCGCCGCCAUGUCCAUCAGCGGCGGGGCGUCUGCGGCCGCCGUGACGCGGGACUCGUGUUCGCCCAAAACGUCGGUGCCGAGCGGCAAAGAGUCAACUUUUCUUAAGUUCGGAGUCAGCGCCAUUCUGGCGCCAUCACCAAAGACUGCAUCCUCCCCUCCCACACUUCACAGCGUUCAUGCCAAGGCCUUCCCACUCCCCUACUUUGACGGGUCCUUUCACCCCAUAUUUAGGGCACCAUAUUUACCAGCAUCUUCAUCGGUUGUGCCCAUCCCCGGAACCUUCUCGUGGCCUUUGGCAGCCAGGGGGAAACCGCGAAGAGGGAUGCUGAGACGGGCGGUGUUUUCCGACGUCCAGCGCAAGGCCCUGGAGAGAAUGUUCCAGAAACAGAAGUAUAUCAGCAAGCCCGACAGGAAGAAACUGGCUUCAAAGCUCGGCCUGAAAGACUCCCAGGUGAAGAUCUGGUUUCAGAACCGGCGCAUGAAGUGGCGCAACUCCAAGGAGCGCGAACUCCUGUCCUCCGGGGGCUGCCGCGAGCAAACCCUGCCCACCAAAACCAACCCACACCCGGACCUCAGCGACGUGGGCAAAAAAUCGUCGGCCGACGAAGAGGAGGACGAGGAGGACGAGGAAGAUUCGUUCGGCAGAGGACACCUCCUGCGCGUACCGGACUUGUGCCACUCGCCGGCGGCGAGCGUCCCGCUGCUGAACGCGCGAGGCUCGGACGCCUCCUCGCCCUCCCUCUCUAGCAAGCACUCGGACUUCUCAGAGUCGGACGAUGAAGAAAUAACAGUAUCUUAA